GGUAUCCUAAAUCCCCUAAAACACAAAACAAUCAUGGAAUCUAUGCUCUUUCUUGGCAAUGUAGCAUCAUUUCCCAUCCUCGUAUCCAACACUUCCACUGUGAGCUCUCUGCAGAAGACUAAGCUUCAUUUCAGCUUCAGUAAUCAUACGUCUCCAUCACUUACCUCUCGCAAUACAUGCCACCCAGGCAGGAAAUUACUCAAUCCUACGAUUCGAGCACUGGAUGGAUCAUCAUCGGUACCUUCAGGAAAUGACAGGAAAGCUAACAAAAUUGCAAAAAAUACAGCGCGAGCAUCUAUUGCUCUUGCCUGUGUUCUGGGUAUUAUUGGUGCCAGCUUGAAGAUGAACCCUGAAGCCAUUGCAGGGCCGAGGGAGAAGUUUCAGAAAGCUCCUCAAAUAGUAUCUAAUAGCCCCGCAUAUCCAUUAGGUGGGCGAUAUGCACUUAAAUCAUUAUUGGACGUGAACGUCUACCUGGCUUCAACUAAAAUAGAGCCUCCAGGACCUCCUUCCAGACUGCCCGCGAGGCCUUCGAUGGAAAAUGUUUAUGACAUUAAGUCAGAUGCCGUGCGGCUAAUAAAAUGCGGAAAACCUGAAGAAGCAGUGUCCUUGCUGGAAAAUUCAUAUAAAUUCUAUGAACAUGAUACUGAGCCCGCAUACAAUGUAGGGAUGGCAUUAAUAGAGAUUCUCAUUUGUCAGGGAAAAUACAAGGAAGCAUUGCAGUACUGCAACCGUUUCACGGGCGAACAAGUUCUACCUUCAGAUGGUCGAAUUCCCCUUUACAAGGCAAUUAUAUAUACGAUGUUGGAUCAGAGGGAUGAAGCAAAGAAAUGGUGGGAAAAAUACGUGGAAACUGUUGAUGCAGAUCAGUUUGAUCACAGAAGUUUUUAGAAUGUGCGGUAAAUUACAACAUCAGUUAUCAUUCUUCCAUUGAUCCCACAAUUCCUUGCAGAAACUAAAAAUAAAAAAUAAAAAACAAGAAGAACACCAUACUUUUUGGCUUUUCUUGUUGAAAAAACCCCCAAGACAGCAAUUAGUAUGAACUUAUUUAUUUGUUUGAAAUCAUCAAAAUUGUUUUUGUGCAUAGAAUUUUAUGACAUGGCUACUAUUUGAAUAAACUAAACCUGUUCAAUUGAGCCUGAAAAUAUUCGAGCCUACAAUUUGAGCUCAACCUGGUUGUAUGAGCUUCUCCUUUUGACAAAGUUCGAUCCAAAACAAUAUGAUUUAGAUAAGUACAUAUAAUGAAAUUAAAUGAGUUUGUUUUAAAAAAAAUAUAUAAUUUUAAAUCCCUUCAAGUUUUUUCAAAUUUAGAGACAAACGAGCUUU